CGCGCGGCGCCGCCCGGAGUGAAGCCGCGUUGCACACAGGCGGGGGAGCAUGGAGCCGGCGGCCGGGCCGGGCUGGAGCGGCGUUUGCCCGGCCAGGCGGGGAGAGGCGGGCACCGAUCCGGGCCAGGGCUCCUCCGCCGCCGGGAGAGCGCCGGGAGCACAGGGCGGCUGGGCGGGGGCGGCUGGCGGCAACUGGAUCACCACUCACCCCACGUUCACAGAAAUGAUGUCACUUGAUGUGUCUGAUAGCACUCAAGUCUACGCCGCCUUCUUGGUGUACCUGGACCUCUUGGAAGGGAGGAACUGGCACGAGGUGCAGGCUGUGGGCGUGGCAGAGCUGCAGCUGGUGUGUUUGCACGCCCGUGCCAGGGAGCACGAGGGGCUCCAGGUGAUGGUGCCAGUGCCUGCACACAUCCUCAUCAGCCACGACAGGUUAAGGGAAAUACUGAAGAAAGCCUCUCUCCCUCCAGAGGAUCCAGACACCCUGCUGUCAGUUACCUUGGCCAUAGUUGAGACAGACUCCACAAUAGUCUACUAUAAAAUGACUGAUGGCUUUGUAAUGCCAGAUCUUCCUGAUGAUACCGAAGAUGUGGAUAAUAAACAGUGGAGGAAGAAAAGAAAGAAACUUCUCAAAUGACUGGGACAGAGAAAACAAAACACUACUUGAACUGCUGUGCUCAAACCCAAACAAAUGCAGGAACUGAUGUAUGUGAAUAAGUGGUGUGCUGAAGUCUGCCUUGGCUUAUCAAGGCUGUGUUCAGGGAGAGCAGAGGCUUGUGCAGCUGCACUGUGAUGAAAUGCCAUUUGGGGUAUGAAGUAGUCAUGCUUUGACACAGCUCAGUCCUGACUAAUAAAUACUCUUGUUUGCAAA